AUGCCGAUAGCGACCGUAGUGAUGUCGUCAACCAGAUUGGAUCCGGAUCAGACGCCGAGUAACUCGGCGUCUAAUCCGGAUCCAAAUCGUUUAGCAAUCCAUAUCUACCGGGGCACAUCCAGCGAAGAUCGAGGCAUUUCCAGUGACGACUGGGGCACUUUCAGCGACGACCGAGGCACCUCCAGCGAGGAUCUAGACACUACCAGCUCCGACCCGGGCACCUCCAGCGACAAUCAGGAAAUUUCCAGCGACGAUUGGGGCACCUCCAGCGACGAUCGGGGCACCUCCAGCGACGAUCAGGAAAUUUCCAGCGACGAUCGGGGCACCUCCAGUAACAAUUGGGGCACCUCCAGCGACGAUCGGGGAAGCUCGGGUGACAAUCGGGGCACCUCCAGCGUCGAUCGGGGCACCUCCAGUGACAAUCUGGGCACCUCCAGCGUCGAUCGGGGCAUCUCCAGUGACAAUCGGGGCACCUCGAGUGACAAUCGGGGCACCUCCAGCGAAGAUCGGGGCACCUCCAAUGACGAUCGGGGCACCUCCAGUGACAAUCGGGGCACCUCCAGCGUCGAUCGGGGCAUCUCCAGUGACAAUCGGGGCACCUCGAGUGACAAUCGGGGCACCUCCAGCGAAGAUCGGGGCACCUCCAGUGACAAUCGGGGCACCUCCAGUGACAAUCGGGGCACCUCCAGCGACAAUCGGGGCACCUCGAGUGACAAUCGGGGCACCUCGAGCGACAAUCGGGACACCUCGAGUGACAAUCGGGGCACCUCCAGCGACAAUCGGGGCACCUCGUGUGACAAUCGGGGCACCUCCAGCGACGAUAGUGGCACCUCCAGCGACGAUCGGGGCACCUCGAGUGACAAUCGGGGCACCUCCAGCGUCGAUCGGGCACCUCGAGUGACAAUCGGGGUACCUCCAGCGACAAUCGGGGCACCUCCAGCGACAAUCGGGGCACCUCCAGUGACAAUCGGGGCACCUCCAGUGACAAUCGGGGCAUCUCCAGCAACAAUCGGGGCACCUCCAGUGACAAUCGGGGCACCUCAAGCGACAAUCGGGGCACCUCCAGUGACAAUCGGGGCACCUCCAGUGACAAUCGGGGCACCUCCAGCGACAAUCGGGGCACCUCGAAUGACAAUCGGGGCACCUCCAGCGACAAUCGGGGCACCUCGAGUGACAAUCGGGGCACUUCCAGUGACAAUCGGGGCACCUCCAGCGACAAUCGGGGCACAUCGAGUGACAAUCGGGACACCUCGAGUGACAAUCGGGGCACCUCCAGCGACAAUCGGGGCACCUCGUCGUCGGUCGGGCACCUCGAGUGACAAUCGGGGUACCUCCAGCGACAAUCGGGGCACCUCCAGCGACAAUCGGGGCACCUCGAGUGACAAUCGGGGCACCUCCAGUGACAAUCGGGGCAUCUCCAGCGACAAUCGGGGCACCUCCAGUGACGAUCGGGGCACUUCGAGUGACAAUCGGGGCACCUCCAGUGACAAUCGGGGCACCUCCAGCGACAAUCGGGGCACCUCCAGUGACAAUCGGGGCACCUCCAGUGACAAUCGGGGCACCUCCAGCGACAAUCGGGGCACCUCGAAUGACAAUCGGGGCACCUCCAGCGACAAUCGGGGCACCUCGAGUGACAAUCGGGGCACCUCCAGUGACAAUCGGGGCACCUCCAGCGACAAUCGGGGCACAUCGAGUGACAAUCGGGGCACCUCCAGUGACAAUCGGGGCACCUCCAGCGACGAUCAGGGCACCUCCAGCGAUAAUCGGGGCACCUCCAGUGACAAUCGGGGCACCUCCAGCGACGAUCGGGGCACCUCCAGCGACAAUCGGGGCACCUCGAGUGACAAUCGGGGCACCUCGAGUGACAAUCGGGGCACCUCCAGCGACAAUCGGGGCACCUCCAGCGACAAUCGGGGCACCGAGGAGGAAAUAGAUUCAAACUGGUUCGACAACCCUGCUAUCCAGAAAUGUCUUGCCAUGGAAACUACUCUGAAGUCCUUUGAUUCUCCGAUGGUGGCAACCAGGUGGUACAACUUUGCCUUUGAUGAUGUUUACAUUGUUCCAUCAUGUGACCACAGUUGCCAUAGAAAUGGGGCAUGCAAAAAUAGCGCCUGUGAUUGCUAUGGACACUUUGAUGAAGCUUCAAUUAUUCCUGUUCGACAAAAGACUCGUACUCACGCGGCUCGUAACGCAAGAGGGGGGGGAUACCAGCGGUUCCAGGUUUACCGAGACCCAAUCCCCAUUAGCGACCUUGUCCUCGAGGAUCACCUCAAGGAUGGAUGGGGAAGGGGGGGUUCUGAGAGGUGUAACAUACUGGUACAUUUGUAA